AAAACACUUGAUGCAUUCUUCAUAAUACAUGCAAAGAACCAACUUUGGUGUGUUAGCUCAUCUUCUACCCUCUUGUUAUCAUUUUCUUUACAACUAUCACAAUAUAUCCCUUUUGCUCUAUUCCGUCUUCUUUCUCCAUGGAACUUCCGGUAAAACACCCGGUUUCUAAUGGACGGGGUGUCCUCCCAUAUACAAUAGAAGCCAAGAAAUUAUCAUACUCAUUUCAUAGCUUGUAUGCUGAUUUCAGCUUUUCAUCUUGUUGGAGGUCUCAGAAUACAUGUCCCAAGUACAUUUUGAAGGAUGUAUAUUGUGAAGCUAGGCCCGGGGAGAUCACCGCGAUAGCUGGUCCAAGCGGGGCAGGGAAAACAUCAUUGUUAGAAAUCCUUGGUGGGAAAAUAGCUCCAAGUAAGAUCUCUGGAAAAGUUCUCAUCAAUGGUGUUCCUGCAGAUGCUAAGAGUUUCCGGAAACUAUCUGGAUUCGUGACCCAAGAUGAUGCGUUAUUUCCACUAUUAACUGUGGAAGAAACUCUCAUGUAUAGUGCUCUGUUAAGGCUACCUGGGGGGAGAAAAGAAGCUGGAACUAGAGUAACAGUACUAAUGAGAGAACUUGGAUUAGAUCAUGUUGCUGGAACAAGAAUUGGGGAAGGAUCUAAUAACGGGAUUUCUGGUGGCGAAAGGCGCAGAGUUUCCAUUGGAGUUGAAUUAGUCCAUAAUCCAGCUGUUGUGUUGAUUGAUGAACCAACUUCUGGUUUGGAUUCAGCAUCAGCUCUUCAUGUUGUGAGUCUUCUCAAAGCGAUGGUGGUUCAACAAGGUAAGACGAUUCUUUUAACUAUACAUCAACCUGGUUUUUGGAUUCUUGAGCUCUUGGACAGACUUCUUCUGCUAUCAAAUGGAUUUGUUUUACAUAAUGGCUCACUGAAACUCCUUGAAGAUAGGCUCAAGUUUGUUGGUCAUUUCAUUCCUCCACAUAUCAAUGUUCUUGAAUUUGCAAUUGAUGUCACUAGCAGCUUAGUCAUACAAACUUCAGAUGAUUUCAGCAAUCAAAUUUUGCUCAAGAAACAAGAAGAUCUUCAAGAAAGUGAACAUGAUUAUGAUAUGAGCUCUCUCUUCCACGCAAACAGAGCUGAAGAGCAUAAAUCUGUCGCAAGCCCAAAUUCUCACUUGGAGGAGAUUCAAAUUCUGGGGGAGAGAUUUUUCAAAAAUAUAUUCAGAACGAAACAACUAUUCUUCACAAGGAUCAUACAAGCCUUGUUUACAGGAAUAAUACUAGGAACCAUCUUCAUCAAUGUUGCAAAUGAUCAAGGUAACCUUGCAUUACAGGCUCGAAUUGGAUUUUUCGCAUUUAGUCUCACUUUCUUGUUGUCAUCGACAACAGAAGGCCUCCCGAUAUUCUUGCAGGAGAGGAGAAUUUUCAUGAGAGAGACCUCGAGAGGAGCUUACCGAGUAUCUUCGUAUGUCAUAUCAAACACCCUCAUCUUCAUUCCGUUUCUUUUAAUGAUAGCUCUUCUGUACACUACUCCCGUGUACUGGCUUGUGGGUUUAAGACGAAAUGCAGACGGAUUCAUGUAUUUCAGCCUGGUGGUUUGGAUGGUUAUCCUCAUGUCGAACUCAUUCACAGCCUGUUUCAGUGCUCUGGUGCCUAAUUUUAUCAUGGGAACCUCAGUGAUUUCGGGGUUAAUGGGUUCAUUCUUCUUGUUUUCUGGAUAUUUCAUAUCGAAAGAGAAUAUACCAAGAUACUGGAUUUUCAUGCACUACCUGAGUUUAUUCAAGUACCCGUACGAGUGUUUUAUGAUUAAUCAAUACGGAGGGGAGGGAGGGAGAAGAAAAUGUAUACAAUUUGAAGGGGGCAAAUGUAAGAUGUAUGGAGAAGGGUUCUUAAAGCAACAGGGUUUGAGAGAAUCACAGAAGUGGAGCAACUUGGGUGUGAUGCUGGGAUUCAUUAUAGGGUACAGAGUGCUCUGCUUUCUGAUUUUAUGGUUCAGAUGUUAUAGAACCAGAAAAUAGUUAGAGUCUUACUUAUAUACUGGAAGCAUACUAGGCACAAGAAACUGUAUUCAUUAUUAAUUUUAUACACACCCAUUGAUUUUCAUUUA